AUUUGGGAGUAUUAACUAAUAACUCCUAUCACUAACAUUUUAUGUUUUAACAUACCAGAGUCACACGCAAUCCAGCAGUCCAGCGCCACCAACAAUGUGACAGAGCUCUCCACUCUCCUCAGUCAUAGCACCUAGACCCCUCCACUCUUAGCCGGCGGACAGAGUCACAGCGACACAACAACACUGGCAUCCCAUUCAGCCCUCGCGACACAGCAACAGUCGCAGUGCCGUGGCCUUCUCACCUUCCUCGGUUCCAUAGCCGCCGCCUCCGUCGCCUUCCUCGGUAGCCACCGUUUCCUUGCUGUCGCCUUCUCUGCAUUUCGCAGCGUGGACGCCUUCCAGAGUCCGCUGCUGCCAUCAUCCUCCACACCUUCCUCCACGCUCUCCGAGUCUCUAGAAUGGAGAUGCCUCAGUUUGAUUGAUCACAGGACAAGUGAGAACAUUGGUGGUUCAGAAGGUGAAACAGUUUAAAAACCGAAAAAUCAAACCAAACCAAACCAAACUACACCGCAUACACCUCUAGUUUCGGGUGUUAGCCCUUUUUCUUACCCAAAAGAAAAAAAAGAUGGAAGUUAUGCCUUUUUGUGUCACAUUCACUAAAUUUCAUACAUUUUCCUUUCUGAAACCAAACGUAACAACAACCGAAAUUCAGGGCCUUUCACUACCCAAUAAUAGGAGCAAACAUUGCAAUCUUUAUUCAUUUUCUUCUUCAUCUUCAAGAAGUAUAGCAGCAACAGCAACACUAUACCCUUCUGCCACACAGAAGAACCGCUACUGGAUGGUACUCAUGGAGCCUCCACCUCAUGGUGUCACCUCCAAGUCACAACUCAUCAAUUAUUACGCCAACACUCUACACAAAGUCCUUGCCAGUGAGAGAGAUGCUCAAAUGUGUAUAUAUGAUGCUUCCUGCGAUACACACUUUGGUUUCUGUUGUGACAUUGAUCCACAAAUAACCUCCCAACUCACAAGUUUACCGGGGGUCUUGUUGGUUAGGCCUGAUCCGGAUUUCAGUUCUUCGGAAAAGGACUAUAGUCUAUCAAGUGGUCAAGAAGGUCUGCUAUCGAAUUCAAAACUACAAUUUGAAACUAACAUGUUAUUCUUUCUUGAGAAUUCAAAGCAUUGGCUUGUUAGAAUUGAUAAACCUGCUGUUGGGAUUGUUACAAAGGCUCAGAUUGUCGAUUAUUUUGUUCAAAUAUUGACCAAGGUGAUGGGAAACGAAAAGGAUGCUCAGAUGUGCAUAUAUCAUGUUUCCUGGAAAAAAAUAUUUGGUUUUUGCUGUGAACUUGAUGACGACUGUGCACAGGAGUUAGCUGGUGUGCCUGGUGUCUUAUCAGUUCAACCAGAUAAUAAUUUUGAGUCAGCAAAUAAGGAUUAUGAAGGUAAUAACUUAGAAAACAGUUUGAGUGUGCAAAAAUCUUUGGAAACAAGUCAGGCAGCUCCCCUGCGAACGAAAAAGCUUUUUGUGACAGGGCUAUCGUUUUAUACAUCUGAGAAAACCUUACGUGCAGCAUUUGAAGGCUUUGGUGAUCUUGUUGAAGUCAAAAUCAUUAUGGAUAAAAUUUCGAAAAGGUCCAAGGGUUAUGCAUUUGUUGAGUACAGCACAGAGGAGGCUGCAAGCGCAGCAUUGAAAGAGAUGAAUGGCCAGAUUAUUAAUGGAUGGAUGAUAGUAGUGGAUGUUGCCAAGACUAACCCACCAAGGGAUCAUGUCAGGCGAUCAGUUUGACAAGCCAAAAGCCUUUCAAGGUAUUAACUAUUUCUAGCUCUGCGCUCUUAUUAUAAGUCAAGAUAACACAAACCGGAGUAUUGCAGAACAUAAUAGAAUUAUGUGCAAUUAUUAUAGUCAACUAUUCUCAACCUUAGGAGUCAUUUCUAUUUUAUCUAUGUUUACCGUCUUUUUCCAGAGUUAAAUCUUAAUCUAUUAGUUGACUUUGACUUGGGCUUGUACUAGCAGUAAUAGACUAAUACUUGGGAUUAAUGUUAUAUAUUUUCACAUUAGUCAAAGAAAUUCAGCUUCAUAUUAAUUUUGAUGUAUAAUUCAAUUUUUUUAAAUGAUAAAAAAAAUUACCCGCUCUUUAUCUUAAUUUAAAAUAUCCGCUGUUUUAUAUCUGAUUAUAGUUAUCCUACAAGGUUCCCAAUAAUUACUAUCAAAAUAGUUCACUCAUAUUACCUGCUGAUUUAAUGACAAUCCUUUUUGCUUUUAUGGUGUCUGUUAUCUGUUGCUUAAAGUAAAAACUAACUUCAUGGCAUAUUCUUCCUCUUUGCAUCUAUUCUAAUAUGUUUAUGUCAUGAAUAAUUCUAGGAUUAAGGUUGUUUCUAUACAGAACAUUGAACAGUUCUUCUCCUACUAUAUGGAAACUAAAACAAUCAGAGGAUUCUCUGUCACCUCACAUAAGUAAAGAUGAAAAUUGUAAAUAAGAUGAGAGAUACUCUAAAAUAGGACGAGGUGAUUUGUGUGGUACAACAUUGGUGGAGGUGAGUUAGGUAAGAAAAAUAUAAAGAUAAAAAAAAUAUAAUUGGUAAGAGAAAAGUAUAUGGUUUUGCAUCUGCAAAGAGAAAGAGAUAUAAUGUUUUUUUGGUGACAAGAGGUCCCAAAAGGGAAGAAAACAAACUAGGAGGCUAUUCUAGCAUUCAAGCUAAUAAAAUGCAUAAGCUCCUCUGUUUAACUCAAUCUAGGUAAUAUGACCAGACGUGCACUUCUAGCACAGUUAUUAUACUCGGAUUGGACUGACCAAUUCGAUAAGAAAACCAAUGAACUUAUACUUGUGCUAGUCCAUUUUCAAUUUUUAACCAUUUUGGCAAUUGACCGGUAGAAAACUGGUCAAACCGGUGCAAAACCGAACCUGUUGACCCGAUGGGUCAAUGCCAUCUGCGCAUCUCCACGGCUGGAACAGCAGCAAGCUAGAUCAUAGGAGGAGUACCAUAGCCUUUUAAAAGGUUUCCAGCAGCAAAGUCCCCAAACGCCACCUCCUUGCAUCAUCAAGCAAGUGCCUUUUCUUGUGUUAGAAAGCAUUAUAUACAC